AUGCUUGCCGAACAUGUCGUUCAGCCGCUGUUGGUGACUACGUCUGCAAUUGAGCUUGCUAGUGAAACCAUUGCCAUGAUAAUGAAGAUCGACGAUAUUCGAAAUUUUUUAAAAUUUAUGCCAGAUGCUAAUUGGAAAGCGUUACGUCGCUCAAUGAAGAGGGUUUCAACCAAGCCCCGAGGGGCCGAAAAACCCACCUCCAGUGAGCAUCUGCAUACCCCUGCAUUGGUACCUGCGGAGUCUGCAGCUGGAUAUUCGUCCACUGGGCUUUCGCAGAAAGCCAUUGACCAACCGUCCUCAGAGUCGCUCUUGCAACUUUUCCCACACUAUGGCUCGGAUUCAAAGUUUCGCGUGCACAUUGUAUUUACAACUAGGGAUCCUGGCAAGUAUGUUGCUAUCGAUUGCGAAAUGGUGGGUGUCGGACCACAUGGCAUUCGGUCGAUACUUGCACGAGUUUCCAUUGUCAAUUAUCAUGGUCAUGUGCUUUUGGAUGCCUAUGUGAAGCCGCUGGAACGCGUCACAGAUUACCGCGAAAAAAUCACCGGGAUCAAACCCUGGCAUCUGACGAAGGGCGAAACGCUCACCAACGUCAUCAAUCAAGUAAAUUCGAUACUAGAGAACCGGAUUGUCGUUGGGCAUGGGCUUUCAAACGACUUUAAAGUUCUAAUGAUCAGUAUAUCCAGAAAGAGGAUCAGAGACACAUCCACUUGGAAGCCGCUAAGAAAGCUUAUAAACUGUCACGCAACGCCAAGCUUAAAAAAACUGACCCUUGCCCUGUUGAAUGUUGAAAUCCAAACGUCAACACAUAAUUCGGUCGAGGAUGCCCGCGCAGCGAUGUUGAUUUAUCGAAAGUACAAGGCGCAAUGGGAUUCCCAUUUCCUUUCGCCACGCAGAAAAUCCCCGUACAAAAUGGCUAAAGAAGAUGCUGCAUUAUCAUGCGAAAAUUGA